CCUCAUUCUGUUGAAUUUCACAGUCCAUUGGCAGCUCUAAUAACGAGCAAGACAUACAAAAGUUGAGGAUUACUAACGUUUGUCUUUAUUUGAAUUAGCCGCUCAGUCGCUUCUCCAACUAGUGAAACUUGACAGGCAAUAUGGGUUGUAAAAAAUCCAAGCUGAAUGCCGGUCUGAAUGGAGGUGUCCUUGAUGGCAAGAACCGACAGCCAAUACGUCCCGAUCAAACUGUAAAUUUGAGAGAUCGCACCUCCAUUAAAGCAAGUGCUACACGUAACUCACCUCCUGGAGGUCUCCUGCCUGGUCAGGUAUUCAUGAAAAUGGAAGAGCAAAGCGAGUCUGGUAAAAUAGCUAUUGCAAUAUACCCAUAUGAUGCAAUACAUCCAGACGAUUUGGGAUUCAAGAAGGGCGAAAGGCUUAAGGUUCUUGAAGAGCAUGGUGAAUGGUGGAAGGCUCGGUCUCUGACCACUAAGAAAGAAGGGUUCAUACCCUCCAAUUAUGUUGCCGAGGCCAACACCAUGGAGACAGAGGAAUGGUUUUUCAAGGAUAUUACAAGGAAGGACGCAGAAAGACAACUUUUGGCCCCUGCUAACAAAGCGGGCUCUUACCUCAUUCGUGAGAGUGAGACAUCAAAAGGAAGUUAUUCCAUGUCUAUCAGAGAUGUGGAUGCCCAGGGAAUAAACGCUGUAAAACAUUAUAAGAUCCGCACGCUGGAUAAUGGCGGCUUCUACAUCUCUCCUAAAAUCACAUUCCCUGACAUUGGCAGCAUGAUAAAACAUUAUUACAAACAAUCAGAUGGUCUCUGUCGAAAGCUGGAGAAGCCGUGUGAUAAACCCGAAGCUCAGAAGCCAUGGGACAAAGAUGCCUGGGAGAUCUCCAAGGAGUCCAUCAAGAUGGUGAAGAAGCUGGGAGCAGGACAGUUUGGAGAAGUGUGGAUGGCGUUCUACAACAACACGACCAAGGUGGCAGUGAAGACUCUGAAGCCAGGCACCAUGUCAGCGGAGGCGUUCAUGGAGGAGGCUAACCUGAUGAAGACCCUGCAACACGACAGACUGGUGCGCCUCUACGCCGUCGUCACCAAGAUCGAGCCCAUCUACAUCAUCACAGAGUACAUGUCCAAUGGUAGCCUCUUAGAUUUCUUAAAAAGUGAGACGGGCUGCAAAGUACAGCUACCGAAGCUAAUCGAUUUUUCUGCACAGAUUGCAGAGGGCAUGGCGUACAUUGAGAAAAAGAACUACAUCCACCGUGACCUGAGAACAGCCAACGUCCUGGUGUCUGAGAGUUUGCUUUGUAAAAUAGCUGACUUUGGUCUGGCCAGAGUCAUUGAGGAUGACCAGUAUACAGCCAGAGAGGGAGCUAAGUUUCCCAUCAAGUGGACAGCACCUGAGGCCAUCAACUUUGGCUCCUUCACUAUCAAAUCAGACAUGUGGUCCUUCGGAGUCCUCCUGUAUGAAAUCAUUACCUAUGGAAAAAUACCUUAUCCAGGGAUGAGCAAUGGUGAAGUUAUGACAUCAGUGCAGAAAGGUUAUAGAAUGCCCCGCCCUGAGAACUGUCCCAACGAGCUCUAUGACAUCAUGACCACCUGCUGGAAGAGCAAGCCAGACGACAGGCCCACAUUUGACUACAUCCAGAGUGUCCUGGAUGACUUUUAUACCGCCACUGAGGGACAGUACCAACAGCAGCAGUAGGAAGUCAAUGUCUGAGUCUCAAAUGGCACCCCAUUCCCUUAAUAGUGCACUACUGUUGGGCUCUAUGGUCAAAAGUAGUGGACUGUAUAGGGAGAAUAGAGUGCAGUUUGGGAUGUAAAAUGUCUGCUAAUGUGCUGGUUUCUUCAAUCCACCAGCAAAACAAUCGGUUAUUCCGCCGAGAGAGAUAUUGUCGGACAUGUUUACUGCUUACUUAUUUGUUAAGCAAGCUAAAGAUUCACCUUUGAGUUCAACUUCAUAUUGAAGUAUAAACCUACUAAUGCAAUGCAGGCUUUUUACAGAGAAUGAUCACAUUAAUAAAAUGUACUGAAUCUGUUACAAACAUGAAAAAGAAUCAGCACAUUGAACAGCACAAAAUGUACAAUUUACCACAUAUUUAUUAUAACUUUAGCCAUAGCUUGUUGAAUUCAAUCAGCAGAUUGACCAGUACUAUAAAGGUCUAUUUUUAUUUGAGCUGUUACAUUAAGGUACAUUAAUUGAUAUUAAGCAGCUUAUCUUUUGGACUAUGUUCAUGUUUCUGUUUAAUCAUAUUAAUAGUAAGGCUGUCACAAGAGUCUAACAAGUUACUAAUGUGACGUAUAUUUGUUGUGUUGUUUUUUACAAUGAGAUUGAUGUGAGUGACAUGACCAUGUGUGUGAUUACUGUGCUCUGAAUAAAUGCAAAAAGACCUAAAUCAAUAAAAUAUCAACCAUU